AUGUUGGGCCUGCUGCGUCUGACUCUCUUCUUUCUUGGAUGCUCCACUGCUGGGAGCUCGGCAUCUGUGCCUGAGGAUGUGCUGGUGGGCAUCUCGGGGGGUCAUAGUGCCCCACAGGGGAAGUGGCCAUGGCAGGUCAGCCUGAGGACCUACAGCUAUCACCUGGCUUCCUGGGUGCACAUCUGUGGGGGCUCCAUCAUCCACCCACAGUGGGUUUUGACGGCCGCCCACUGCAUUUGUAAGAGGGAUGCUGACCCAUCGGCCUUCCGCAUCCACGCUGGGGAUGUGUACCUCUAUGCGGGCAAGGAGCUGUCCAGGGUGAGCCAGGUCAUCGUCCACCAGGACUUCGUGCAGGGUGUCCCCGGCUCGGAUGUGGCUUUGGUUAGGCUGGAGAAGCCCCUCGACUAUUCUGCUAACAUCAAGCCGGUCAAGCUGUUCUCUGGGUCUCUGGAGGUCAACUCACGGUACCCAUGCUGGGUGACUGGCUGGGGCAUGGUCCACAUGUAUGGGUCGCUGCCCCCUCCCUACCGCCUGCAGCAGGUUCAGGUGAAAAUCGUGGAUAAUGCCCUCUGUGAACAGCUAUACCAUAAUGCCACCAGGCACCACAACCAGGGCCACAGAUUCAUCCAAGAUGACAUGCUGUGUGCUGGCAGCGAGGGCCGUGGGGCCUGCUAUGGUGACUCAGGCGGCCCCCUGGUCUGCAGGGUAGCAGGUUCCUGGAACUUGGUAGGAGUGGUGAGCUGGGGCUAUGGCUGUGCCCUGAGGGGCAUCCCUGGGGUCUACACACGAGUGCAGUCCUUCCUGCCCUGGAUCACGCAGCAGAUGAAGAGGUUCUCCUGA